UAUUUAAUCAGUUUUUAGGAAAAUUUAAUAACAAGACAAAGAUCAAGGAUUUUAACAUUUUAAAACGCAUAUUCAUUAGCAAGACUUUCAACCUUUUAGUUACUAGCAAACAAUUUUCUAAAUUCAAAAACCUUUAAUAUUUAAAAGAAUGCAAAAUUUAUCUCAGACGUCCAGCAGUCAAGCUCUGAGAGCAAUUGAUUCAUUAAGUUCAGCAGAGUUUAAAAGACUUGUUGCUGACAUGGUUCGUUACAUUCUAUUUUCAGACAGAAAAAAAGUUUGUAUUAAAAAAGCAGAAAUGAUAAAAGAUGUUAUAAAGGACGUAUUUUAUAACUCUAAAGUUUUUCCAAUUGUGUUUGAAGAAAGCAAGAAAGUUUUGCAAGAGACAUUUGGUUUUGAUGUUGCAGAGAUCGUAUCUGAAGAUGGAAAGUCUAAAGGUUUUGUUCUUAUAAAUCUAUUAGAAGAGAAUCCUGGAUGUGAAAGUCUUUUAGAUUGGGGAAAAGAGAAUGAGAAGAUGGGUUUAUUGAUGAUUAUAAUCAGCAUGAUAUAUAUGAAUGAAGGUGUUUUAAGUGAAGCUUCAUUAUGGUACUGUUUAAAAAAACUUGGAAUUGAAAAAAACAGACAACAUCGACUUUUUGGAGAUGUGGAUAAGCUUAUUCAAAUGGAAUUUGUCAAGCAAAAUUACCUUGAACGCAAAAAGCAGACAAGCACAGAGGGUUCAUUGAUUCAAUACCACAUUGGACCUCGUACUAGCAUUGAAAUAAGUAAACGAAAAAUUCUUCAAUUUGUAUCUAAGGUUUAUGGUGUUGAAUCAAUUAAAUCGUGGAAAGUUCAAUACCAAGAUGUUGUUGCAUCUGAACAAGUUAACGAAUGACACGUAUAAACACAUUGGAGGUUAUAUCUAUUAGCUAAUAUGUUAAUACUGGUUUCUUUAAAAUCUUUUUGAAACAUUCUUUGAAAGAGUUUGACGGCUUAACUUAUCUCCACUAUAUUGGAUUUUUGUUGUAUCAGCUGAUAAACAGAAUACUACUGUUCUCACAUUUUUAUUUUAUAAAGUCUUUUUUAAUUAUAUCGUUUAUAUUUAGAUUAUAUUUAUAGUA